UCGUAUGAAAGUAAACAUGAAAAUGGCUUAAAGAAAUAAAAAGGGUCAUAUUUGUUGUACCAAAUGAUACUUAACCACACAAGGCUUUGGCUUUGCCUUCGCCUUUGCCCCUCUCACCAUCAUCGAAUGAUGGAACCAUUUUUCAAUUACAUUGAAGCAUCUGAUGCGAAAGCAACCAUCAUUUGCAGCUCUUCCUCUGUCGCAACAAGCCAUGGAAAUGGACACAUCUCUGGCAACAGAAAACAGAGCGCCUCUGAGGAAGAAGAUAAGAGCCACCAUAAUAUGUUCAGAGGAGUUCGAAAACGAAACUGGGGCAAAUGGGUUUCCGAGAUUCGGGAGCCAAGAAAGAAGACCAGGAUUUGGCUUGGAACUUACCCAACCGCCGAAAUGGCAGCGCGAGCCCACGACGCCGCCGCGCUGGCCAUAAAGGGUCACUCUGCAUUUCUCAAUUUCCCUGAAUUGGCUCGGUUCCUUCCUCGCCCACUCUCCAAGUCCCAUAAGGACAUUCAGGCCGCGGCGGCGCAGGCGGCUGCCACCACAUUUUCGGAGCGAAACAACCGUGAGGAUGAAGGAAGGGAAGCGGCGGAGAACAUGGAGACUCUGUUUUCUGGUAGCGACGGCGGAGAAAGAGCAGAGGACUCCACGAACUCCCCGUCGACGGCCGCCAGUGAUGAGACAUUAUUCGAUUUGCCCGAUCUGUUCGUCGGAAGUUCUGAUUUGAAAGAUGGGUUUCUUUGUCAUUCUUCGUUAUGGCAGUUUUGUGCGGCGGCCGAUCAUUCUGGUUUCCGGCUGGAAGAGCCUUCGUUUUGGGAGCCCAUUUAAGUUCAAACUUUGUCCUCAUCUUUCACUGUCUGAUAUAAUUCCUCCAUUAUAAUUCUGUUUCCAAUGGUGAUGUAUUUUGGUUCUAAUAAAGAAAUGAGUAACAGAUUGAAAAUAAUUUUCACUCACUAUUGGCUGUUGCAGAUAAAUCCCAAAA